GGGCCGAAACGUGGACUGCCACCUCCGGUGAGGCCCAUACUACUUGGUAUGGCGGACGAACGGCCGCUGAUCGCCGGAGCCAUGCAGCUGCGGCGGCGGGGGCGCCAGAUCGCGGCGCUGCUCAAGUCGGCGUCGCGCGCCGGCGACCUCCUCCAGCUCCACGCCGCCAUGAUCAAGUCCUCCCUCUUCCCGCACCACGCCUUCCCCUCUGCCAAGCUGCUCGCCUCGCCGCACGCGCCGCUCCCCUACGCGCUCUCCCUCUUCGCCGCCAUCCCCACCCCGACGCUCUUCCACCACACCGCGCUCCUCCGCGCGCUCUCCGCCUCCGCCGGCGGCUCGCUGGCCGCCGCGCUGUCCGUCCUCGCCUCCGCGCGGGCGCGCCUCCCCGCUCUGGACGAGUUCGCGUUCCAGCCGCUGCUCGCGCUCUGCGCCAAGCGGGGCCCCGACGGCGACGCCGCCGCGGCCUCGCUCGGGAGGCAGGUGCACGCGCUCGUCGUGCGGUACGGGUUCUCGGGCGUCGUUAGCCUUGGGAACGCCCUGUGCCACUUCUACUGCUGCUGUGGCGGUGGUGGCGGCGAGGGAAUGGCGGACGCGCGGAGGGUGUUCGAUGAAAUGCCGGAACGGGACGCCGUGUCGUGGAACACGGUUAUUGGAGGGUAUGUCAGGGCGGGGGAGGUAACCAAAGCGGUGGAUAUGUUCAGUGAGAUGAUGUGCUGCAGUGUGGGCGUCAGUGUGACGGCGUUGGUCACCAUGAUCCGGUGUGGGUGGCAAGCUGAGCCUGUGCAUGGAUUCUGCAUCAAGGUGGGGUUCUGCAGGGAUGCAAAGGUGGCAUCUGCAAUGGUUGGGAUGUAUGUGAGAGAGAAGAGCGUCGAGUGUGGCAGGAAGGUGUUCGAUGAGGCGACCAAGAGGGACCUGGUGCUGUACAAUUGUAUGGUGGAUGGCUAUGCUGAGGCAGGGCAAGUUGAGGAGGCAAUGGGCUUGGUGGAUAGGAUGAGGCUGGAGGGAGUGAGGCCAAGCUCAGGGACUCUUGUGGGUGUGCUGUCUGCUUGUGGAGCAUCUGGGGCAAUGGCAGCCGGCCGUCGCCUUCACGAGAUUGCGCUAGAAGCAGGACUUGAGCUUGACACUGCACUUGGCACAGCUCUCAUGGAUAUGUAUUUCAAGUGCGGGUACCCCAGUGAGGCGGUGGCGGUUUUCGACGCGAUGCAAGAAAGGGAUGUGAAGGCAUGGACAGUGAUGAUCAUGGGUUUCGGUGUUAAUGGACAGGCAGGUGAAGUGAUCUCCCUGUUUCGCUCCAUGGAAGAAGAUGGAGUGGUGCCUAACGAGGUCACCUUUCUUGCGGUACUGAAUGCCUGUAGCCAUGGUGGGUUGGUGUCGGAAGGGAAGAAGUUCAUGGAGAGCAUGGUGUUGCAAUAUGGCAUCUUCCCUAACACUGAACACUAUGGCUGCAUCAUCGAUCUCCUGGGAAGGGCGGGGCGGUUGGAUGAAGCUUAUGAGCUCAUAGCGAGCCUAUCUUCCCAGAGUGAUGCCACAGCAUGGAGAGCCUUGCUUGCGGCCUGCAGAGUCCAUGGCAAUGCCAACCUGGGGAGGAUGGUGCAGGCACGGUUGGAUAACAUGGACGACUACCAUCCAUCAGAUGCCAUUCUUUUGUCAAAUACAUAUGCAUUGGAAAGCCGAUGGGAUGAGAUUGCACAUGUCAGAGAUUCAGAAGAUCAGAAAAUUGUCAAGGACAAGAAGGAACCAGGUUGCAGCUCCAUAGAAGUGUCUUGGUGAGGUAUCUAUCUGAAUCUCGGCGUGAUUCUCAAUUGGAAGCCAUACCUUCCGUAUAAGUGACUAACACUGGAUUAUGCCAAGAUCAACCCUUGCUUGAAAAGAAAAUCAUACUAACCAUGAGCACAGUUGCAAAUAUUGUAUUGCACAUUUGCUAAACUUCAGAAGGCAAGAAUUAAAAGUUGAAAGUAAGGAAUUCUCAAAUCGUGGUGUGGAUCUCUUGUUAUGUACCUAAGAUCUGCCUGUACAGUCUUCCUCGCUAGUGCCAGUAGUACCACUGCUACACUGCUGAUCUUGUCUUCCUGGAAGGACUGGAAACAGGUUUACUGUCAAAGUGGCCGUUGGUGUUGGGUACUUUGCCUGGGGCCGUGUCACAUGAUCAGAAAUUCCAUGUUCUUGCGAUGGUUCACUGUCUUCACUUGUUGUAGACUCUGGGAAGAGCUGUAGCUCACUUGGUGUGGUGCCAUAGUGCUGCUCAAUGACAACUGGCUGCUGCUGAGGAAAUGCUGCUGUUAUGUCAGUUGUGAUGACCGAUAUUCUGAUAAAUGUGGCACGCGAUGUACUGGGAACAAUCCCGCUUGUGCGAUAGGGUCUCCUAGAGCUGGUCUAGUAUUUACGUGACUCGAAACAGGACUGCCUUCCAUCUGCGUCGUAACUCCUAAGCUUGUUUUGAAGCUCCAAGAUUUCACUAUGAAGCAUACUGUUAUCGUCGUGCAGUUCAUUUCUUUCCAAUGCAACCUGUUUCGUAGCAUGGAAGGUCAGUGGUAUAUGUCAGGUUAUGGCAGAUGAUAAUGUAAAUACUAAACUAAGUCCAUGCCGGCUGUUACAUUUCUAGUAUUUCUGACAUCAACCUAGGAUCCGGUUGUCCGAGCUUCUACCAUCAAUCAUAAAAUGUAGUUAGAGAUAACCAACUACAAGCUUACAAAUGGCUGUCUCUAGCAGUAUGGAAAGUAUGUGCUGGAUGGACGACAUAAAAUAAGCACUUUCAUAAAGACAAAUCCAAAUGCUGUAAUGCAAUUAUGCAAUCUGAAAUCAUGUUUAUGGAUUUGCACCUAUGAAGCAAACACAUAGCAAGUUUCCCAGCUCAGUACAGAGGUCAUUCUGCUUGUCCAGCUUAAGUUUAUCCCUGUCUGAUUUAUGGUUUCUCUUUGGAACCUUCUUAUCACGCUUCUUGUUCACUAUACCCGCAUAUAAAGUUCAAACAUCAGUUGUAGAAUCAAGUAUUGUGAUUUUAAAGCAGUUUGGACGAUAUUCUUUCAUGGAAUAGCUCAAGAUGAAGUAAGGAAUUGCUUUUCAAUUUGAACUUGUGGUAGUUAACCCCAUUGCAGGAAUUAAAUUUGCAAUGCUCAAAGAAUGCAAAAGGUCUGAGCACAACCACAAUAAUAUCCAUUUAAUUAAAGGAUGACCCAAGAGAUUAACUUCCUAAAAUACAAGAUGAAAAUUCUGUAUGGUAGAAAUGCAAAGUAAGAUUAGGCCUAUGUACGAGGUAAUGCCAUAAUUUGGGCGGUUUGGUACCCUUUGUACACAUGAUGUUGGUUAAUUGAUUUUGUGUAUUCAUUCUGUUUAGGGCCUUGAUGAGUAAUGAUGACCCAGGUGUUCGUGUU